AGAAGCUCGGCACGGCUUCAGCAAUCCACAGGUGGACAACUGAAAUGGAGGAAUAUAUGUGGAAAAACAUAUUUGAAAAUGAGAUACUGGAUCAAGGAAUUAACAAUGUGUGGAGCUUUUGUGUGGAUGAAAACCUCCGGCCACAGACGGGCUAUCUGCAGUACAAACAGUACACCUAUGGAAGUUUUCAGUGUUCAAGCUGUAAGAGAUGGUGGAACUCGGCACAGGUACAUAUCAUGUUUAGGAUAAGGUUGGAGCCAACAUCUAGACGUGGGACUGUGAUAAUGAAGAUCUACAGGCAAAGAUGUAGACGAUGUAACACCUCUAUUUUUCAAAAGCCUGAAAUCAGCAGAGAGAACAUUAAGCGGGUUAUCAGCAAUCUGGUAAGCAAAAUCCAAAGCAUGGUCUAUGGACGGAGAAAUACAAACCCACCGUUAAUGCCUGAGAAUUACAGUGCUGAUGUGGACGGACCUCAUGAAAAGAAGCAUUGCGAGGCUUGUCAGAUGCAGGUGUGUUCAUGGAAUACAGAGCAUGGAGAAAAAACAAUGGUCGAUAAUCCCCAGCUAUUGGCAAGUUCAAGAAUUCAACAACAAACUAAAAAGAUCUUCUUGUACACUAAUGCACCUCACCGUCCAACUGCAGCAGUUCACCAGUCACCAGAUAACGAAAGUGCAAUAAUCAUGUUUGUUUUACUAAUUGUUUUAAUUGUUGUUUGGCUGUUCACUCAAGGUCUCCCAAAACAAUAGCUGGGAAAGGUGUCGUCUACCCUAUAGAUUGUGGGGAAUUUAAUAAGCUCUGUACACCAGUCAACUGGACUGCGC